AUGGCAUCCACCACGUACUCAGAAUUAUGCGAGGAGAUAUACCAACGAAUCACGACCAAGCUACAGGGAACACCCGAGGACGGGCGCCGCUUCGCCGCAACAGGGACAAGCAAGGAAGUGCUGAAUGAUGAUCUCCUGCGACGCUUUUUUGACAGCCUUGAACUUCCUGACCAGAAUUUGAGGAACGUCACUUCUAAUCAAGAUCAUUUGAUCCAGAGGGUUGCCGAAAGAGACCUGUAUGACUUUUUGGCCACUUUAAUGUACAUCACUUGCAGCAUCCACGCCGCGCGAACCUUUGUGACCGAGCUUGUCUUUCACGAUGUCUGGCCCGCCGAAAUAUACAAGCUACCGGUGAAGCGCAGUGUAUUAGCCGAUCUGUUCCAGGAAGAAGUUACGCCGGACAAAUUCCUUGAGCAUCAAGCUUGCUUUUGCCCGGUGGUGAUUUUUAAGGGGAGAGAAACCCCUAUUGAGAAUCCAGACAGACAGCGUCUUCCCUAUCUUGAGGAAACCUUCCUCAAUGAAGGCUCAUUUGGGGCAGUAUACAAGGUUAAAAUUGCCAAAGGACACUUUUACGAUCCUACUUCGAAAUAUGCCAACGCCGAUCCGAUAGAAAUUGCGCGCAAAGAUUACAUCCGAUCUUCCCGAGAAAAUAGAAACGAGACCCUCAUCAUGAAGCAAAUUUUAUCUGCAGAGUGGUCUUGUAAAAAUAUUGUGGAAAGCUACGGCAGCCUUGCAGUCGGCCUAGCCACAUAUAGUCUAUUCAUGCCGCUUGCCAUGUGUGAUCUGUGGGCAUACAUGAUGCAAUACACACCUCAGAAACCCGAGAAAGCGGCAAUUAUCAAAGCGGCACAGGGCCUUGCCAAUGGGCUGAAAUUCCUCCAUACUGGGAUCACGAUGGGUGACGGCGAGAAGCUGGUUUGUUAUCAUAUGGACCUCAAGCCCAAGAACAUUCUGGUAUUUGUGGAGGAGGUAGAUGGAAACAUCCAUUAUGUUUGGAAGAUCAGUGAUUUUGGCAUGUCUCGUGUGAAAAGUGUGAAAACAGAGAAGUCCGGGCUGCGCAGCGUGGGAGAGAGAAACUUCAACGGUCCCUUUGUUCGGCGUGAACAGCCAGAAGACGGAUCUGGAACAAUGAAUCGUCGAGAACAGUCAACCUACCUUGCACCCGAGUCUAUCUCUGCGAGCCGAAAUAUGAAGACUAGCAGUGAUGUUUGGUCUCUUGGUUGUGUCAUUAGCGUCUUGUUCGCAUAUCUGGAAGGUGGCGCCGCUGGAGUGACCCGCUAUUCUGAUAAUAGAGUAGCCCAUGCAAAGGCAGAGGGCUAUGAUCGCUUCUUUGUCAGGGACGGAGGAUUCAAGCCCUUUCAAGUCAAUCCGGAGGUCAAGAAAUGGCAUGACUAUCUGAUUGUGAAAGCAAGACAGCGAAACCCCAAUGAAGGAGCCGCUGUGCGACUGAUAUUAGAAUAUCUCGAGAACGAGGUCUUUAAAGACCAAUCAAAGCGAUGUAGCGUGUCUGCCGUGGAACAAAUCAUUCAAGCAACAAGGCUGAGUUACGAAAACCUGGAGAGACCACCAAUGGUUGUCCAGAACAUGCCGACAAGGUCCAAUUGGAUCACGAGAAUAUGCAGCCAACUCUUCAGUGCCGGUGGAGAAAUGAGCCAUGGUGUGAAUAGUAGACUUGAGAGGAUGUAUCUGGACGACAAUGAGCCUUUCAAAGGAUGUGAAAUCUCCCCAGAUGGGCAGAUUGUUGCCUUUUGGACUGACUUCAAAAUAUCCAUCUACACAUGCAAUUCAUUGCCCGUAGCAGAGGCGAAUGAACCAGUACCGGUGGUGAAGUCAGCAGAUGAAUUCACAAUAUCUGACUGUAUCUGGAAAUCUGUAAGCGUGACAGAUAAGUACCUGAUAGCAUCCAAAUCAGGAGGGAACUUCGAGUGCUACGUUUUCGAUUUACAAAAAGGCCACUCGCCGGGCGAGAACCUUCGAUACUUGCAUCAUACCUCUCUGCAAUCCCUCCCAGAAAUCAAACGACUAGCUCUCUCUCCCGAUAGCGAGACCAUCGUAUUUAUUUUGCGUGAUCCCAAUGAUGAAAACAAGCCGGGAAUGUUGUACCGUGCUCCAGUCCGUUCAGUGGAGAACUGUCAGUACCAAUGCCAAUUAGAUUGGCCUGCAUCAGAUGCUUUACAGCUGUUUUUUGCAACAAAUGAUGAUAUAUGGAUCAUCUUCCGCCCGCAUCUUAUUUCCCGUGACUGGGAGCACAAAAUCCCAAUCCUUCAUAUUUGCCUUAAAUCAAAACAUAUAGAUCCUCUCACAAUUGAAUUGCAAGGAUUUGACAUCACCAGUACUGUGGGCAUCUUUACGACCUUGGCCCCCUUCAACAAAGUCCCCGACGCCUGCGCGGUUAUCACUCGAGAAGAAAUGCUUCAUAUCAGGAGUCUCGACCCAGAGAGCACGAUUCAGUCGGCCGCGGCAGAUAUCCAUAUCUAUCGAGUAUUGAAAUUGAUGAUGGGCUGGGAUGAUAAGAGACUAUAUGCUGUUGGGAAACGGUCCGCUAAUCACAAAAUGCUCCUGUUGGAAAUGUCAAUGCCAGGGCAAACGAGAAGUUUAGUGAUCAAAGAGCUUGCCGAGCUCCCAGGCCUUUCCGAUGAUGAUGCAUUUAGCGAGCGACUGUAUUCUCAAGGAGAAAAGAAGUUCAUUCUCCUUGCUGCCCUUACGAACGACAAUCGACGAGCUAUAUAUAGGUUCCGAAUUAUUUGA